AUGAGCAAGUCCUUCCACGUCUAUGACCAGGGCGCACCGCCGGACUGCAAAGUUUUCAAAGCCAAUCGGGACCGAUGGAUGGACCCAAGGAAAAAAGUGCUUCACGAGACCUUGAGGCCGACGCCCUGGGAGUGCCACGAGAUGCGGGGCUUCAUCGCGGCUCGGGCCAAGAAGGAGCUCACGAGGGCAGACGUCGAGGCUUUGGCCAAGGAACUCGCGGAGACCGGCAUCGAAGAAGUUGGCCGCUUUCUGAAGAGCCCAGAAGCGGUCUUCGAGGAUCUCGUGGAGCAGGAUGCUGUGGAGGCCGGUAUGACAGCCCUGGCGCGCAGCCUGAAGUUUCAUACCGAGUCCAAGGGCAAGGUGAAGCCAACGCCUCAUCCUCUGGACAAGCUGAUGCAAGACGCAUCGGCGACCAUGCCCCCGGCAGAAGUGAUUACUUGGCUUUUGAAACUAGAUUGGCCUCGCUUUGACGACGAGCUACUUGACAGGCGCAUCGACAAGCUCUUCGAAGACAUGCGACGUGCUGAAUUCGCUGGUGACACAGAGACUGUGGGCAAGCUGCGAACGCAUGCAUCGCGGCUGGAGGGCACGAAGACGCUGAAAGAUCAUGUGGAGCUGAACCGCAAGGAAACUGUCCAAGCAGCUCCAAAAACUCGUGCUGACGUCUUUCCACAGACCUUCAUUCGAGCCAAACGCCAAAUAGAUGAAGCCACAGGGCGAAUCGUCUUGAAGGUGGGCAUGGACACCAGGAGCACCAGCAUGGGAACCAUGACUGUUGCGAGAUAG